GAGGCGGGAUGCGGCCGUGGUUUCGCGCCAAACUCUGGGACCCGGGUCCGCCUGAGCCAUCCGGGAGCCGACCGCCGCCGCCGCCAUGGUCCGCCCGCUGAACUGCAUCGUCGCCGUGUCCCAGAACAUGGGCAUCGGCAGGAACGGGGACCUGCCCUGGCCCCCGCUCAGGAAUGAAUUCAGGUAUUUCCAGAGGAUGACCACAACCUCCUCCGUGGAAGGUAACGCGGUUCCUACGGGGUUGGGGAAGGCUGCUGUCCAGGAACGUGUUUCAAGGGAAGUCUCCCGCGCUCCGCUGGGAUCUUUUCUCUCACCACGAUCUGGACGCAGUUCCCGAGGUAAACAGAAUCUGGUGAUUAUGGGAAGGAAGACCUGGUUCUCCAUUCCUGAGAAGAAUCGACCUUUGAAGGACAGAAUUAAUAUAGUACUAAGUAGAGAACUCAAGGAACCUCCACGAGGGGCCCAUUUUCUUGCCCAAAGUCUGGAUGAUGCCUUGAAGCUUAUUGAGCAACCGGAAUUAGCAAGCAAAGUGGACAUGGUGUGGAUAGUGGGCGGCAGUUCUGUGUACAAGGAAGUCAUGGAUCGGCCCGGCCAUGUCAAGCUGUUUGUGACAAGGAUCAUGCAGGAAUUUGAAAGUGACACAUUUUUUCCAGAAAUUGAUCUGAAGAAAUACAGGCUCCUCCCCAAAUACCCAGGUGUGCUUUCUGAGGUCCAGGAGGAGAAAGGCGUUACGUACAAAUUUGAAGUAUAUGAAAAGAACGAUUAAUAUGAAGGUGUAUUCUGGUCUAUUUCAAGUUGUUCCCCUUCCUUCUAAAAACAUGUGUUUAUAUAUUAGGAAAAAAGACUUGUUCUGACUUUUCAUCUCUGGGUAGUUUUUCUAAACAGAUACCAUGUAAGAAACAUUUCCAGCUCUGACUGUCUUGGUCUCCCGUGCCAGGCCCACGACUGAGUGCAGCCCCUGCUCAGGUGGCACAUCUGUGAGGGAUCCAAACUGGAGAGUCCUGCCCAGGUGAGGACCUACAGAGAUAGGAACAAGGCAGGCUCAUCCAAAGGGAAGACGUGGAUUAGAAACAAAAUGCCUAGAACUCCCAUUUUAAAGGAAAAUCAGGUCAAAGUAGUAAACACGAAUCAUUCUAUACACAGAAUACUUCUGAACAACGUUCUGUUCACUGAAAGGGGAAAUCAGUAAGUUUUGGACUGCAGUAUAUUCCACAGCGACGGUAAAGAACCAGGUAGGAGACUUCCUAGGAAGAGGCUGAGACCUCUGAAAUUUCUCCUGGUCUUCAGAGGGCCUCCAGGAGAUACUGCGAAGACAGAACAAAAUAGACUGCUCCUUCAAGACAGAAAAGUAAUAACAAAUACAAUAGCUGAAAUUAAAAGUUCAAAGAGUAUGUAUUGAGAAUGGUUAUUGCCAGAAGCCAAAAUUCAUACAUUAAAACCAAAUGUUACCAAAUUAAUGAAAAUUAAAACAUGUCUCCUAUCACAUAAACAGAUUUGUAUUAUUGGGUAUACAAAAAAUACAGCAUUUUCUACCUUUUCAGAGUAUAAGUUAGCAGUAUCAAUUUAAAUGCAGAAUAUUCUGGGUUUAGACCAUAAUUUCUACUUCUAGAAGUUAAUUCUGGACAAAGACAUGGACCCAAAAAUAUUGGCAGCUUUUUCUUUCAAAUUUGAGAAGAGCGCAUAUAUCAAUGAAGAUAGUAGUAAGUAUCUCAAUGUAAUCUUCUCCAGCAGAUAAAAAUAAUGAGGUACUAACAGAAAAAUGCCAAAGACGACUACAUAAAAGAAACAAAUUGUGUGUAGUACCCAGAUUUUCCAGUAUGAAUGUCUGGGGCAGAAGUCUGCUGAAAGAGUUGACAUUACCAGAGCUAGGUGCUUCUUCACUGGGCAUAUCUGCUGUGGCUAGGGCUGUGGAGAUCUGCUUCUUAUAAAAAAACUGGUUGAGAUAAUCAGUUGAGCCCUUUAUGUUCAGCUGUACAGUAAGGACCCAGAACAUCAGAAGCAGAAAGGAAUUUUCUAGAACCUUCCACAAAGAGGAGAAACACAUUACACAGAAGAAUGGAAUCACUACUGCAUAGGAAUCACGAACCCUAAGGGAACUGUGCUCUGCUAUGAACAUACUCUGGAAACUACAGUGGCCAGAACUUACAGAACUUGGACCUUGAUAAGAAAAAGCAGCAGGCCACGUAGACGUGGAGACUCAGGUGGCCAGCAAAUGCAGAUGCGUCUUCCCGCUGCUGGGAAAGAAAGGCGAGAGUGUGUGGGUGCAGUGGUGCACGCCCAUGAUCCCAGGCCUCUGGGAGGCUGAGGCCGGAAGAUCAAAAUUUCUGAGCCCAACCUGUCUUAAGAUUUUAAAAAGCUGGAGCUGUAGCUGAGUGCUGGGGCCCUGGGUUCAGUCCUCACUACAGGAGAGAGUAGGGUUAACUACGUACAGGUACGGUUCCACACCCAUCAUGGUUCCACACCAUUCUUACCAGCACUUGGCAUUGUCAGACUUCUUACAUACUGACAUUACUGAAAAUGAAAUUUGAAAUUGAUGCAGCUGUAAAACUUUGUCCAGGGACUCAAUAGAGAGAUUGAAAGCUUUAUCUUCUGGUCCUGAUAUACAUUAUGACCUACGUCACUGGUUAGCAGAAAGUAAGACUAAACUUCAGUGGGGCUGUGAGGAACUAAAAGAGAAAACAGAAAAAUUUGUGCCACCAGCUGAUGCUCUGCAGAUAGCAACUCGGGGAGCUGACGGAGAACAAAGAAUCUGAGCUCCAGUGUCUGAACAGAUAAAGGCAGGGGCAGCUUCUGGAAGAAAUACGUUGGGAGAAGAGAGAUCUGCUGGAAAAGAACCAAAGAAAAGAUGAAGAAACGGAAUGUCUACAGAACCGUGUAAAUGCGUUAGAAAUGAGUCCCCAAGGGCCUUGGGCCAUCUGGAGUCUACCUGGGAAACUGAGCCCCUGGAAGACAGCAGACUUUUAGGUGAGGAAGAGUUGGCUUGUCUCUUUCAGUAUUUUUACCUGAAUGAGAACACUUGACAUCUUCUUGAUGUGCGGAGAAAAUUGUUGGAAGGGAAGGACUGAAAAACAUCAGAGACUUUUAACACUACAUGCACUCAGCGUUUGUGAACAUUUGUGAAGUCAGAACUGAAAAUAAAACAUAUUGGCAAAAUACAGGAAAA